AUGAAGAGAAGAAAUCCUAAUCUUACAGUUAUUGCUACAAAAUAUUCACAAUCAACACCAACAAAUAAUAGUAGUUAUCAGCAACAAGAAGAUCCACCUUAUUCACCAGCUGCCUCCUCUACAUCUUCUUUUCUUUCUUCUAUUUCAGGAAUUGCUGAAAAAUCUGCUUCUGAACUUGGUAGUCUUUUAAAAAAUACAUAUAAAUUAUUAAAAGAAAAAGAGAAAAAUUUAUAUAUGGCAGCAGAACUUGGAAAAGGAUUAUUAGAACAUAAUCAGGUCCUAAGAGCAGAUUAUGAUAAACUAUUAGAGAAUAUUAGAAAUUGCCAGACUGAAAAAGAAAGUUAUGAUAACGACAUGCGAUUUAUAUCAUCUAACAAAAGGACCUAUGAUCAUGUUAUUGAAUCAUUGGAACGUAAAAAUGCUGAAAUAGAGGCUGUAUUAGAACAGACUCAAAAACAGGCUGAAUCAACAAAUCAAACUCAUUUACAAAGGCAAAGAAAAUUAGAAUCUGAAAUUGAAAUAUUAAAGGACAACCUUGAUAUGGCUGCAGCUCAAGUUCAGGAACUAGAAGAAGAAAGACAUGUACAACAGACAAGACGAAAACAAUUAGAUGAUCGUAAAAGGCUUGAAAAACAAAGAAUAGAAGAUGAAGAACUAUUAGAACAACUCACCAAUCAAUUACAAGACCUUUAUGUCGAUAAUAAACAUUUACAAGCUUCUAAAAAGUUGGUAGAAGAAAAAUUGAUUCAUUCCUUACAUGACUUGGACAUGUUGAGAAAAGACUUUGAAAAUUUUAAUUUGACUCAGGAAAGUUAUUUGGCAUUACAAGAAGCCUUUGAGAAACAAAGAAUUCAUAUUCAAGAAUUAAAUGAUAGUUUAGAAGAACAUCGACUUGUUUUAUCACGACUACGCGAUAAAGCUUUAUUAUCGCAUUAUUCAGACGAUACUGUGCCUAGUCUAUCAACCAAUGGAGAUCCAUCUGUAUUUUCCGCAGGCACUUUGAAACAAAAUUUAAUGGGUGAAUUAGAGGAUGCUUGGGCCAAGAAUCAAGAGAAUUUAAAAUCUAAUUAUAAUCAUCAUCAUCAUCAUGCGUCUUUAUUUUCAACAAACAGACUAUGUGACCUUGCCCACUUGACAGAACGUAAUGUUACCUCAUUUUGUAAUGCACCAGCUGAUUAUGCAUUAGAAAAAUUCCUUUCUUCAAUAGGAAUCGAUAAUCGUUCUAUUCUUGAUGAAGCAGAACGGUUUUUUAAAUCAUCAUCAUCUUCUUCUUCUAAUUAUAAUGUUGAUGACUUGUUUGAACCUCAAAAUGAUGAUGUUGACUUUGCAGAAAAUAAUUUAUAUCCAACGUAUUUUUCAACAGCAGCAACUACUACUACUACUACUACAGACACUGAGAAAGAACAGCCCAAAAAAGGGUUAUUAAAUCUUAUUUUAUUUCAAAUUCGUUAUUUAAUUCGUUCAUUACUUCGUUGGUGUCGAUAUGCCAUCAUCUUGGCUACUGCUCUUUUUAUUAAUUUAUGGAAAGGUCCUGACUUGAUUUCAUUAAAAAAUUAA